AUGAGCUUUAUCACAGGGACUCUGGCCCAUCUACCCCAGCUGCUCAGGGGCCCGGUUUGCCUUUUUAUGUGGUUCUUGGCUAUGUUCCAGCCAGGCAAGAUUUUAACUUCAUCAGAAAGUCAGAACCUGGUGGGGUGGUGGGAUUCAUUCAGCCACGGCCCCUUCUACAGUCUCAUCACAUUGAGACCCCGGGAGAUGAGUCCUCUCCUUGGAAAGGGCAGGCUAGAAGGCUGCUAUUUCGAUUAUGUUGACAUCCUAGAUGGAUCACCAGGUGGCUCUCUGCUGCAGAGAAUUUGUGUUGGCUCCCCAAACACAAUUGUAUCACUUACAAACAAGAUGACAGUUAUAUUUACAAGUGAUUACAGUGUUCAAAAAAGAGGCUUUCAGGCUUGGUAUCAAACUUUUCCCAGAGAUGGCAGCUUGAGACUGGUAGCUUCCUCUAACAGAUGUGAAGGUCGGGUGGAGGUUUAUCAUUAUGGACAGUGGGGGACAAUUUGUGAUGACGACUGGGAUCUGCAGGAUGCACAAGUAGUAUGUAGACAACUUGGCUGUGGGGCAGCUAUUUCUGCCCCAGGAAAUGCCUAUUUUGGCCAAGGAUCUGGACCCAUUGCCCUAGAUGAUGUCCAGUGUACAGGGAAUGAAUAUCAACUCAGUGACUGUUCUCAUAGGGGUUGGUUCUCCCACAGUUGUGGUCACUAUGAAGAUGCCAGUGUCAUCUGCUUCAAUGUCAAAGAAUAA